AUGGACAAAUAUGGCGAUAAAAACAGAAUCAUUCAAGCUCAUUUGGACUUUUUAGAGAAUUUGACGCCAAUACGAAAUCCAUCACCGACUUCACUAAACGAAGUUUUUAUUGAGUGUAAUAGAAGAUUACAAGCUCUACGUGCCUUGGGAGAGGAUGUUAAUUCUUAUGGCCGAAUUUUAACUCCUAAAAUUUUACGAGCAUUUCCGGAUGACAUUUGCCGCCGUUGGAUUAUUUUUGCGAAACGACAGGAAAUUUCGGAAGGUGACAUAACAAAAUUAAUACAAUUUCUCUCGGAAGAAGUAGAAGGUGCACUUACUACUCUGAAAAUUAGAGGUGAGCAGUCUGUUCAAUAUGAUUUUAAACCUUCCACUGUUAACCUAUAUGUUAAUUCCAAGAACACUACGUCAAUUAAAAAACGUUCUCCAUUUUAUGCUUUCUGUGAUACUAAUGGACACUGGCCGCAAGACUGUAACAUUGUAACUGAUAUAGAUAUUCGUAAACAAAAGUUAAAAAAUAGUAAUCGUUGUUUUUUAUGCACUAACCGUGGCCAUAACGUAAAUAAUUGCCCUCGGAAAGACAAAGCCCGUUGCUAUAAAUGCAAAAAAAGGCAUCAUGUUUCCAUCUGUAAAACGGUAAGUGAGAAUCCAAAUUUAACUACCAUUCCAGUUACGUCUACUAAUAACGUUGAUAUUAUAACUCCCAAAUUUACUCAUCUGCAAACUGCUCGAGUAUAUGUAAUUGGCCCAACUGGUAAAACAAAAGUAACGCGGUGUCUCUUAGACGGUGGGAGUCAGUCUAGCUUCAUUCAUCCUAGUUUGAUUGACUUCCUGCAACUGGAAAUCACUAGCUCAGAAAAAUUGAACCUUCAAGCAUUCGAAUCUAUUUCAACAAACACUGAAACGAGACGGAGGGUCAAAUUUAUCUUGUCAAGCAUUUGGAGCAACUCAAAAAUAAAUAUACAAGCAUUUGAAAGUUCGAAUACUUAUGCCUUUCAUCCAUCUACUCCACAACUUGUCUCUUCUUUUGCUCAUAGUCAAAAGUUGAAACUUGCUGAUCCAUCAGACAGCUUAAACGACUUACCUAUAGAAAUUCUGAUAGGUGCUGAUUUUUAUUGGACUAUAGUGCAUACUAAAUCUCCUAUCAGACUUUCGGCGACUCAUGUGUUAAUACCUACAGUAUUUGGAUGGAUUCUUUCCGGCAACCGUUCGUUCACUACUAUAGCAUAUUCUUCUGUUUCUUCAGUUCUAAACAUUAGCUCAGAAACUUUGGUACGUGAUCUGGACGAUCACGUGAGACGAUUUUGGGACUUGGAAACAAUUGGCAUUAAAACUAUGCAGGAUAAAGGGAUGACUAUUCGUAAUUCUGAAAUUUUAAGUGAUUUUCACAAUUCAUUUUGCAAAGUUGAUGGCCGCCGUGUUGUAAAGUUACCAUGGAAACCAGAGGUGAUUCUUUCAUCGAAUAAUUACGAAAUAGCACUCAAACGAUUUCAAAUACUCCGUAACAAACUCUUUACUCAUUCAGACUUAAGAGAUAUUUAUACAGAACAGAUGCAAAAUUAUAUCGAUAACCAAUAUGUUGAACUUGCUGAUAAUAGUCCUUGCAAGGAAUCAAAACUAUUUUACUUGCCUCAUCAUAUAGUGAAAAAACAAAAGAAUGACGAAAAGAAAUGGCGAAUUGUAUUUGACGCUUCUUCUCAUACACCAGGACAUCCUUCCUUAAAUGAUGCUCUUGAGCAGGGUCCUAAUUUGCUUCCUGAAAUAUUUGCAACAUUGUUACGAUUUCGACUUCACAAAUUCGCAAUCACAAGCGACGGACGUCAAGCAUUCUUGCAACUUAUUUUGGAUGAAGAGGAUAGAAACUGUACUAGGUUCCUGUAG